UCCGCUCCACGGGUAGAUAAUCAUUAAGCGAACGUGUAACAAGGCUAGUUUUACACUUUUGAAUUGAUCUACAGUGAGUUUUCAUGCUUUGUUUACCAAGGUGUCGGCUAAUAUCUGUAUUCCCUGCGGUCAUCGCCCUUCAGUUUAGACCUGUUUGCGCGUGCUCCGUUGCCAUGGUGAAGGAUUCGCCAACAAGUGUUGAUAUCUAGGCGUCAUCGGCGCGCGUGAACAAAACCCUUCACCGAUAAACAAGGACUCGAUUUUAAAAGCAGUUUCUGCACUUUCAAAUGUGUGAGGGACCUUCCACAAUAUCUGGGCCAAUCCCCCCAGAUCCCUCCCUGCUCCCUCAGUACUACAAACGACCUGCUUCGGCUCGUGGUUGUUUAGAAGGACACCAGAAAGGGAGCUUGGCCCUUCAACUGGGUCCUCUUGCUCCAGAUCCUGUGUUGUACCCAGAAAGCUACAGCGCUCGCUUACCAUCCCGCCGGCCCCGCGUUGGCCCUAAUGCCACUUAUAUUCUGGAACGUGGACAAAAAGGAGUUGUGGGAGACUUACUAAGACUAGAGGGGUUAUCCAUAACCCCUGUUCCCAAACAGAAGCAGAAAGUACAUGACUUUAGUAAGGAUAAUGUACGUCGACUCCGAGAGAUCCAGAGACGCUGCAAAGAGCAGGAAGCUGAGAGAAUUCAUGCCGGCCCUGUCCCAGUCAAAGCUCUGUGGACCUCCUCAAAAUAUCAGAACGUCCCAUCCAGGCUGAUGGCUCAGUUAGAGGUUUCUAGCCUGCCUGUUAAACCUCAGUGUCAAACGUUUCUAAAGGCCCACUCUAAAGGCGGCUCCUCCACUCCACCAAGACCUUCGCCUGUGGCUUUCCAGCGCCCAGCCUCCUCCAGCUCCACACAAGACCUGGACUUAAUGGUGCAAGGUCAUACCAUAGACUUUGUGAAAUAUAAUGCGCGGGCUGCAAGAAAAACUACCCUUCGUCGAUCCCAGUCACUGACAAACCUCAGGGAUAAGCCUGUCCCCAGCGCAGUCAAGGGCCAAGUGCCUCAAUAUCUUGAGGAAAGAAAGAAGCAGUGGCAAAAAGAGGAGGAGGAGAGGAAGAGGAAUGCGCCUGAUCCUAGGGUCCCAGCUGGUCACAUGACAUUGCCUGACAGCGAUAGACAGCAGACACUGAAGUCCCUGAAAGACACCCACUGCUCAUUGGUGUCGGAGCUGCUCUCCCUCCCGCUAAGGUCUGAUGGUCUGAGCGUUCGCACACGUCGGGCUCAGCUUGACUGUAGACUCUCUGAGAUUGAAGAGGCCAUAAAGAUUUUCUCCAGGGAUAGAGUUUAUGUUAAAGUUGAUUCCUAACACACCAGAAGGACUUUAAAAGAAGACAAGAUUGCCCUGCAAAUCUGCUAUUUUGUUUUUACAAUUUAUUUAAUGGAAAGAAGCUGACUUUUAUGGAAAAGAUGAUUACUUUAUUGUUGUGGAGGGAUUUUGUUAAAAAAUAUAUUUUAUAUAAUAAUUUUAUCAUGUUAAAUUACUACAUUUGCUUAAUGUCAGUAACUAACAUAACAUUAAAAUAUUUCUAGUUUUAAAUGACAUGCUUUGGCUUGUGUAUGAUUUAGGAGCUACAGUGUCUCACAAAAUUGUACACAUCUCUGUGAAAAUGCUAGGUUUUCAAAAAUAUGAAGCCUAACAAUAAAUAAUUUAAAAACUUUUCUCCAAUAUUAAGUGAUACUUAUCCUGCAGAAUUCAAUGGAUGUUAGAAAGAAUAUUAAUGAUUUUGCAGCAACCUGAGUGCAUAUGCGAACUAACACUUUCUUGAACCAUCUUUAAUUUAAUUUUAGAAUUCACUAUUUUUUAGUUUUGUUUUUAUCUCGAAUUAUACAGAGAUUAUGUUACACUGUAUGUGCAAAAAGUUUUAAACUUAUUUAUUACUGGUUUUAUGCUUUAAUUUUAAAACCUGGCAUUUUAACAUGAUUGUGAAUAUUUGUGAAAGCUACCUCUAAAUGUUCUAUAAAGUUGAAAUAAA